GCGUGGUGCUGUGAUCAGGCAGAGGGAGGGAAUGCGAGGCGGAGCAUCCAACUUGUCACAAAUUUUUUUUUGCUUCCUAAUGCCAUUCAAAAUUCCUGCUGUGGUGAACGGUCCUUCCCGGGGCAGACUGCGGAGUUUGCUUCUGGGGCUCUGGGGUUGUAUUUUGUUUUGGAAAUGGCUCUUUCGCAGUUGCAGUGUCUGGACGAAGCGAAUGUCAAUUUUCGGACCAAUGAAUCCAAACCGGACUUUUAUUACAGCGAGCCCCAGAGACUGGCGCUGGAGACACUGCUGGUUCACGGCACACAGGCUUUUCAUGAAUUGCUCACCGGGGAAAACUUGAGGGAAUUCUUGUCCGAGGUGGAUAUUGAGCAGAUCCUGAACUCGGUUCGGGAUUUCCUACCGGACGAGCCGGACAGCGAGGGGCCGGAGGACGAUGAGGGAGAGGGCUCGAACCCGGGAUCCCAGGCGAAGUCCCUGUCUCUGCAUUACUGGCCUGAGACCUCAGAUAUAGCCCGGCCCCGUUUGGAGCUGGGCUGGCCGGACACUGGUGCGUACCGCGGGGUGACCCGGGCCAGUGUGUGCACACAGCCCCCUCUGGAUGGCUCCAUGAACAUCAAGGAAAUGAUCCGGCGAAUGAUCAGCCAGGCGCAAAAGGUAAUCGCUGUCGUAAUGGAUUUAUUUACAGACAUCGAUAUUUUCAAAGACUUGCUGGAUGCCAGCUUCAAGAGGAAGGUUCCCGUCUACAUUAUCCAUGACGAGGUUAACAUCAAAUAUUUCUUGAAGAUGUGUGAGAGUUCGGGAAUGCAUAUGGGGAUGCUGAAGAACCUGAGAGUCUACUCUGUUGGUGGGACUGAAUUCCACGCACGUUCAGCCAAAACGAUUGUAGGAAGACAGAUGCAAAAAUUUCUACUGAUUGAUGGAGACAGAGCAGUGUGUGGAUCAUACAGCUUCACUUGGACUGCAUCGAGACUAGAUCGCAACAUUGUCACCAUGAUUUCUGGUCAAGCUGUAGAAACGUUCGAUUAUGAAUUCAGAGAACUGUUGCACUUUUCCAAAGCAGUUGAUAUGCAUAAACUGAACUUGGCUCCAGAAAUAGCAGAACCCGAACCUGUCCAGCAGGCACCUGUUUUAACGGCAGAACAAAGUGCUGCCAUUGCCAGGAAGCUCAUAAACCCCAAGUAUGCUCUUGUCCGGGUAAAUGACCAGAACACUGGUUCAGAUGGGUCCGAGAAAAAAAAUAACUCAAAUGAUACAAAACAGUCAAAUGAACCAAAUAAGGCGCAGAAAGCUGCAAUGGCAGCAGACCCCAAAGGCGAAGAGUCUAUAACGCAUCCAGCUCUGUUGAAUAUGCCCAAAGUGGACAUGUUUCUUUAUCUCCCUACUUAUCCAGAGAUCCCUCAUAAUGAGAAGCAACGGCCAAAUGGUCUCUCGAAUGCCAAGGAGAGGGAGCGCGUAGUUUGUCAAAGUGAUACAGUGGAUGCUGCGUCCAGAGUUGGUCCAGAUCCCUCGACUCCAGCAGUGGCUCAAAAGGAUGCAACGUGUAAGAUUUCAGGCAUGAGUCAGGCUCAAAAUUUAACUGUGAAGGAAAAUAAGUCACAAAGAGAUGGAAAUAACACGAACACAGAAAAUAAACCAAGCACAAAUAAAAAAAUUUCAAAAGCUAAGCAGAAACAAAAUAGAAAUGUGGGAAAAGUGGCCUUAAAAUCGACAGAACCUACUGCCAUCAACUCCAUGCAGGAUAAAGAUGAAGCAUUGCACAAUAGCACAGAGGGUGUAGAAACCCAACAUGUGGAUUCGGGUAUACCAACAUAUAGAGAACACAGCAUCAAGCAAGUAACUCAUGACUCAGAGAGAGAGGAUCAGAAAGAGGAGGGAGCAUUAACUCUUGCCAUGGAUAAAAUAGAGGUUGUGACAGAAGACAAUGAAGCAGAGUCCGAUCAUGUGAUCCCUUUAGAGCAGACUGACUUGUGUCAAGAGGAUGACUGUCGUUCGAAUCCUUCAACAAAUUACACUCCAGACUGGAAUACAGACAGCAGCUCUUUCCACGAACAAUCAUCUGACUCCGAUGACUUUUACGAAUGUGACCUCGAUGACAACGAGGUGAAAAGACCCGAAUCUCAGCUGAAUAAGGCCCAUGAUGAAUUUACGAUUGGAGAAGUGAACAACAUUGUCAGCCGAGCCACUUUUGCACAUCCAUUGGCUAAUAAUAAAGAACUAUCCAGCUCGAUGAACGAUGUAAGAGAAGGCAAAACUGUAGGAAAUAAAGGUGUGAACACUUUCUUCCAGGAGAGAGCAAACUUGAGGAGGAAGGCUCUGGAUAAAUUAAAGAUUACACUGGCAAUAAAUUAUCAUGAUAAAUUCCAGAGGGAGAGAUACACAGCCCCAACAAAGUCAGCAGCUGCUUUAAUUCGGUCGACUGUAGAUACUCGGACUUUUCAACCCCUCCACCCUGUUUCAAGCAGCCCUGAUUUGAGCCAAAGUAGAAGACCAAUGCUCAAGCUCAGUGGCCUCCAAAAUGCAAUGGUGCCACACAAUAAUUCCCAAAAGGCCGUACCGCGCCGGUCAGUGACAACAUUCCUUGAACAGAAGGGUCUGGGCAGACCGGAUUUGACAGUGGGUCUGGGUGUGACUGAGUCCAGAAAGUACAGUAACUGCAACAAAUCCAGUGGAAUCUCCAUGGAUUCAGACAUUUCUUCAAUGAGCACAACCACUCCUUUGGGUCUCUCCGUCUCCAAAUUAACAACGCAAAAGAACUUGAAGGCAAAGUUGCCAGUUAACAGAGUUGCACAAAUGACAGAGUCCACACCCAAAGCAUUGACUGAGUGACCCAUUGAAGCAUAGUAAAUUCAAUAAAUGCCUUCUGAAUUAAGCAAUUAAACUGUGCUCUUUGGACAAAUCUAAGUAUUUAACAUAGACCCUGCAUUUUGGAUUGUGUAUAUUUUUUAAAAAAAUGAAAAAUAUGAAUGUAAGAUAAAAUAUGUUUACAUUACCUGAUCUGUGCACCAAUACCAUGUCGCCAGGAUGCUCAAUCCAAAGAUCAUGCCAGUCCAUGGGAGAUCUCCAGUCACUGGAUCUCUGAAUAGAUGCAUGGCAUCUGCCCUGGGGAGAUGGCACGUUGUAUUGGGAAUAAUCUUUGUUGGAACUGCCUUUAGGUAUACACUUUCCAGGUUGUGGUACCCUCCAAUCUUGUUAAAAGCUACAAGAAUAUUGUAAAUAAGAGUUUUUAAAAAUACAUUUAAAAACUAUCAUGCCAGUCCAGCUGCUAUAAUUAAUGGUCUUGCUGAUUUUUAUCUGUGCAACCUAUAGAUAUAUUUCAGGAUUUGGUGCAGUAGCCAGUUGAGCUCCUGUAUCUUGUAUUAGGAGAAUGCUCUGUGCAAUAAAUCUAUUCUUU